UCUCCAAGACACAUUGCCUUCUGUUUUCUCCAGCAUGCGCUUGUUCCAGCUCCUGUUCAGGGCCAGCCCUGCUGCCCUGCUCCUGGUUCUCUGCCUGCAGCUGGGGUCCAACAAAGCUCAGGAAAACACAACCAGUCCGAGGAUCAUAAUACUGGAUUUUCAGUUGGCCAGGGUGGAAGAUGAAAAGCAGGAGGUCACUGCAGACCUUAAAGUUCAAACAGAAUUGAAAGAAUGCAUGGUGAUUAAAGCUUUCCUCAGUAGCAAUGUACAUAUCGAAGGUGGAUUUAGCUUUAAGUAUACUGCCUGCCUCUGUGAAGACAAUCCAAGACGCUUCUUCUGGGACUUUAAGACCAACUCAACCGCGCAAAUUGCAGCCGUCGUUGAUAUUGUUCGGGAAUUAUACAUCUGCCCUGAUGAUGAUGCUGUAAUCCCCAUUAAAGCAAACAGGUUUUAUACUGUGAAAACCCUACCUGCAGCAUAAUGGAAGCCCUGUCUGUCCACCACACCCAGGUGAUUUCCCCUAAGAAAACUUGGCUGCAAUUUCUGUUGUGGUCUCUGAAAUAAACUUCUUAACAAGCUUCUC